AUGUACAAAAUGGGGCAUGAAAAGUGUGAAUCUAUCUUGAAAGGUUUUAAACUGUACGUAUUUUUAAGUCGAAAUCAUCAUUCUAGAAAUUGGAUGAACUUGCGCGAUGCAGAUUCUGGAAAAAUUCUGUGGCAAAGCACCGAUGAUUUUUCAGUUCCUGACAUAGAACACGAAGCGCGUGUUCCGAGGAAAAUUCUCAAAUGCAAAUCAGUUUCUCGCGAAAUCAAUUUUUCGUCAAAAGAGCAGUUGGAGAAUUUCUGGCUUGAACAAGAAGUAUUUCUUAGAGACCAGUCAAUUGAAAACUGGAGUUUUGAAUUUGGUUUCGUAAUACCAGGUUCUACAAAUACAUGGCAGUCGUUAAUACAGUCCGACUCAGCUGAUCGAAUGAUUCCGGCUAAAGUAUUAAGUGGUAAUGUUGUUAUUGUGACACAUUUCUAUGAUGGCGACCUUUUAGUAAGCAAAUCUAAAGUGCGAAUAUUUUACGUUUAA